AAUCAAAAAGUCUAGGACACGUGAAGUUAGUUAUAUACAUAACCUCAAUUUCUUUACAUAUUUUUUUUAGGUUAUGAUUACUAAUUCUGUUAAAUCUUGAUUAAAAUGGAAAUAUCCGGAAAAUACGACGUUUAUUUUGGUACGGAAAGAGGUGUUAUAGGAAAUACUCAAUGUAAACCUGGAGAAUGUGCAAAAUAUCAAUUAGAACAUGCUAGUAAAGAUGCUGAAAUAACAUCAAUGGAAUGGGGUAGAACUAGUCGCGAAAUAAUAAUUGGUCAUAAAAAUGGAAUUGUUAGAUUAUAUGAUACAAAAGAAUCAAAAUUUUUUAAAAUUCCUGAAGAUGAUUUAAUCGGAACUGGAUCUAUAGUUGGGGCUGAAGCUGUUAUUGAUAAAAUAGUUAUUGCUAAAAAUAGUGGACAUAUAAAUAUUUGGACAGAUAAAUUUCAUGAUAGUUUUAAAAUAGACUCUGAUGGUAGUUUAGAUUGUAUGAAACAUAAUGUUAAUAGAAAAAACAUUAUUGGAAUAGGCGGCGAAAGGAAUGAUUUUAAAGUAUAUGAUAUUGAAGCUAAAAAAUGUAUUUUUAAAGCGAAAUCGUUAGGCCAUGAUAAUUUAAAUUUACCAAUUCCUACAACAAUUCGAGGAAUAACAUUUUUUGAAUGUGAUGACAAAUUAAGCGCUUGCUGUACACGAGAGGGACAUUUAUUACUUUAUGAUGAAAGAGCACAAAGAAAACCAGUCUCAAAAAUUUUAAAACCUGAUAAUAAUUUUACAGCAAUCGCAAGUAUUCAUAAAGAAAAACAAUUUGUUUUUGGUACUUCCCGUGGUUAUUUGCAAAUAUUCGAUUUUGCAAAACCAAACUUACCAAUAAGAACAUUUCCUAACAUAUCCGGUGGUAUUUCUUGUAUAGUUCCACAACCAUACAGUCCAUAUAUGUUUAGUGUGAGUUUUGAUCGAUUUUUACGGAUACAUAACCUAGAAACUGGAAAAUCAAUUCAUUCGGAAUAUUUAAAACAAGCCCUUACAAAGGUUUUAAUAAAACCAGCUGUCAAGGGUAAUGAAGAUAUCAACAGCGAAGAUGAUGAUAAAGAUAAAAUACUGAUUGAUGAAGAAUAUGAUGAUAUGUUUGAUAAAAUGGAGGUUAUUUUGGAGUCUGGAAAUGUUAAAAAGAGGAAAAAGAAAAUGAAGAAAGUGAAUGAGAAGAAAGAAGGUAAAAAGAAAAAAGUUGAUGUAAUAAUUGAUUAAAUAAAUUUUUUUAUUCAACUAAAAUUAUUUCCUAAAAAUGAGUCUAAACAUUA